UCUGUACUGGUCGUGUACAAUUUUAAGCACAGAACCCGUCUAAUUCAUGCGCUAACGCUGCACUGCAGGGUACGCACUGCAGCGUUUUGGGUUAAUUUGCAGAACAGACACCAUGUCACGCAGUUCCCUUCUCCUGCUGGCCCUGUGCGGUCUACUGCUAGCACCGCUGGUACUCGGCGCUGCCGGUAACCACCGCGGGGCGGAUAUCGAGGACAAUGAGUUUGCCGAGUUUGAGGACCUGGGCGACGAAGAAGAAGAUGAUGGGACCGUGGAGACGGAAGGAGACGGGGACGACUUUGACGAUGUGGUUGAGGCGGAGGGGCCGUUUGAAGGAGACUUUGAUGAGGAGGAAGAUGGUGUAGUGGAGGAUGAAGAUGAAUUUGAACACUUCCAUGACACAGAGGAGUUUGAAAACUUUGAAAAGGAGAAGCCGUUCAAGGGCAAGGGGUCAUCAGACACGCCAGACCUGGAAAUAGCUAAGCUGCCAAUGCACUUGCGCAAUAACUGGGACAGUUACUACAUGGAGAUUCUGAUGAUUGUGGGCAUCCUGGCCUACGUUCUGAACUAUGUCACUGGCAAGAGCAAGAACCAGAAGCUCUCAACUGCAUGGUUGAAUUCGCAUUUGGAGCUGCUGGAGUCAAAUUUUGCAUUAGUCGGUGAUGACGGUAGUCAGAAGGACCCCCCAGUGACGGGUCAGCUACUCAAGGAGAGCGAGAGCCGAUACUGCCUCUGGUGUUCAGGCAGGAGCUGCUGUGAAGGCAUGCUGGUGGAACUCAAGCUCCUGAAAAGGCAGGAUCUUGUGAGUGUGGUGGCCAAGCUGAUGAAGCCAGGAUCCGACGAAAUAUUAAUAACUGUAACAAUGAACAGUGAGGACAUGGACAGCUUCAUUCUGUUCGCUGGCAGGAAGAAAAUUGCCUCCAAGAUGCAGAAAGACAUGCAAGAUUUGAGUCAGUAUUGCCAAGACAAACGUAGCGGUGAGAAGUACGGCCUGCCAUCGUCCAGCGUGGUGUUUGCCGAGUCUGCUGAGGUCAUCCAGGGAGUCGUUGAUGGAAAGAUCAGCAGCUGUUUGGGCCAGUAUGAGGACAUGUUUGAGUACCUCCACUUCUCAGACCAAUUUUCUGGUCUCAAGCCAAACGCAGAUGAUGAGCAACCAAGCAAGAUGCCAGACACCAAGAAAGUACUCAUCUUCUGCUUCAAAGUACCUGGAGGUGCCCGUUGCACUAAGGUGGAUAUGGAGUCCAUGCUGCCCAUGAUGAAGAUGGUCUUGUACUGCAUUGAGAAGGUCAAGAGAUACAAGCUCAGCCGCGAGGCCAAGCUGAAGGCAGACAAGGCCCGUGCUAAAGUGUCCGAGUCCUUCGUCAAGCUGGCCCAUGCCCAGCGCCAGGAGGCGGCCCAGCAACGCCGGGAGGAGAAACGACGGGUCGAGAAAGACCGCUUGCUGAACGAGGAAGACCCAGAGAAAGCACGCAAGCUGGAGGAGAAGCAGUACCGCAAGGACAUGCGCAAGCGCCUGAACCCCGGCAUGAAGCAGAUGAAGGUCCGCGUCACAUAAGAUGCAACGGCGCCCUCUAGCAAUCACCAUGAUCCAUUAUCAUAAACAGCUCCCUCUGUCAACCAAAACUGUCGCCAACCCGUGUCAUCAAUAGUGCCCUCAAUUGACAACAUAUUAUUUUUUUCCUGGUUUUUGGGGGUUUUGGGGUUGUUUUUUUUUUUUUUACAUUUUAAAUACGAUGUGACCAACGUGGCAGUGAUGGUCGCAAAUAUAAAUCUUCAACGCACGACGAACGUGUUUGUUUGAUGUAAGUACAGGAAAUUGUUAAAGGGAA